GUUGCCACGGAGCUCUCAAGCCAUUUUCUUUGGAAAAUAGUUUACAGCAUUAAACCUUUAAAAUUUUCUGUUUGAUUCUCGAGAAAAUGGUGAUGGGCAAGCCAUCAUAUGAGGAAUAUCGUCUCAAAAGACUGGAGGAAAAUAAGAAACGAAUGGAAGCUCUCAAUCUCCCCCAGCUCUCUCAAGCUCUCCGGAAAACCCCCUCUAACUCUUUGAAGCCCUCUCCGACGAAAAAGGUGAAACUUCGUAUGGUAGAGAAGCAAAUGGUGGUUGUGAGGCGCUCAAAUCGCCUGGCCAACAAGGCUGCCCCUGUUUACAAUGAUGUUGAACCCGUUCGCAUGGAGAUACCUAGAAGAGUUUUUAAACGCAGGGAUUUGUCCAACCGCGUAUAUGCCUCAGAUGAAGCCAGAUCAGCGGCAAUCGAAAAAGCAGAGAAGUUGGAAUCGAGUUUAGAGUCAGAUUAUCCAAUUUUUAUCAAGUCCAUGCUUCAAUCGCAUGUUACUGGUGGAUUUUGGCUGGGCCUUCCAAGGUACUUCUGCAAGGAGAACCUUCCUAAGGGUGAUGAAGUUAUGACUUUGAUAGAUGAAGAUGAUAAUGAGUAUCCAACAAUAUAUUUGGCCAGAAAAACAGGACUGAGUGGUGGAUGGAAAGGAUUUGCAGUCGCUCAUAGCUUGGUAGAUGGGGAUGCCUUAGUUUUUCAGUUAAUUCAGCAUACAACAUUCAAGGUGUACAUUAUAAGGGUGAAUGGUUCUGAACAGAGGAACACUCUGUCAAGCUCUGAGUCUUAGGGAGUUGGAUAUCAAAGCCUGUCCAUUCAAUUCAGGUAAACAGACAGUAGUAGUCAAUCCAUCUUGCCUUGAGUUUUGUCCAGUAUUAAUCUUAGAGUCAGAAAAGUAGUCGCCCCCGUGUUCAGAGUCAUUGACUUGUCUAACAUUGACAAAGGGUCUGAUAUAAUUUUUGUUGAUUUUGCUGAUAUCAUCCAAGACCCUGAUUUAGAUGUGUAAUAUGUUCGUGAAAGACACAUGCUACAACUCCCCCAGUUCAUUAAUUUACAAGAACCAAUGAGCUCAACGGUCUCAUGUAUGCUGCUGCUAAUUAAAUCCCUUAGUUUCUCUGUUUCCAUGUUGUAUUUAUGUUUUGUUUCUUCUAUGGAGAGUUGGAGACAACUAAAUGGCAAGAGCAAAAGCUGAACAAGCCUUGAAGGCUAAAAGGGUGGUGGGAUGGAGCAAGUGUUCAUGACCAUGAUCCAGAAUGAAAACCACUAAGCAGCAAAGCAAGGUAGAUGUGAAAAUGUGAUAAUAAUUGGUGAUACUGAUAGUUGUUUGUCAAAAGUUUGCACUCAAUGACAGCAACCCAUAUCAGUUCCACCUUUUUUCCCUUGGCGACCAAUAUUAUUAAUAUAAAAUCUUUGUGGGGUGCAAUGACUAAACUGCGCUGCCCUGGUUAAUGGGAUGUGGUGAGCUGUAAUCAGUAACCAGCAGUUGUUGAUAGCAACACUUGCUGCUCCUAUAUGUAAACCGAGCUGGAGCUGGACC